CCCUCUUUCUCUCUCUGUCUCUCGGUGAUCUUUUUUUCUGCUCCCACAGACGGAAAAACAUGACAUCUUACACGGACAAAGGAGAGAAGCCGGCGAAGGGCCGCUUCCUCCACUUCCAUUCGCUGACCUUCUGGGUGGGAAACGCCAAGCAGGCGGCCUCGUUUUAUUGUGACAAAAUGGGCUUUGAAGAAAUGGCCUACAGAGGGCUGGAAACCGGAAGCCGGGAAGUGGCCUCCCACGCCAUCAAGCAGGACAAGAUUAUCUUUGUCUUCUCCUCGGCUCUCAACCCAGGAAAUGAAGAAAUGGGUGCCCACUUAGUGAAGCACGGAGACGGCGUUCGAGACGUUGCUUUUGAGGUGCAGGAUUGUGAUUUCAUUGUGCAGAAAGCAAGAGAACGGGGAGCCAAAGUACUAAAAGAGCCUUGGAUAGAGGAAGACAAGUUUGGGAAGGUGAAAUUUGCAGUCGUUCAGACGUAUGGAGACACCACCCACACCCUGAUUGAGAAGAUAGACUACAAAGGCCUUUUCCUACCUGGUUUUGAACAACCUCUCUUCAAGGACCCGCUGCUGAAAAGUCUGCCUCCGGGAGGGCUGAACUUCAUUGACCACGUCGUGGGGAACCAACCCGAUGAUGAGAUGGUCUCAGUGGCAGAAUGGUACCAAAAGAACCUCCUGUUUCACCGCUUCUGGUCUGUGGACGAUAAACAGUUGCACACGGCGUUCAGCGCUCUGAGGUCGAUUGUAGUGGCCAAUUACGAAGAAACCAUUAAAAUGCCCAUUAAUGAGCCUGCUGUGGGGAAGAAGAAGUCUCAGAUCCAGGAAUAUGUUGACUAUUAUGGAGGGGCUGGAGUCCAGCACAUUGCUCUGAACACCUCAGACAUUAUUUCUUCGAUUAUAAACCUGAAGAAACGGGGCAUGGAGUUUAUGUCCGUCCCCUCUUCCUACUACAAGCAACUGCGGCAGAGGCUGCAAUCAGCCAAGAUUAAGGUGAAAGAGAGCAUUGAUAAACUGGAGGAACUCAAAAUCCUCGUGGACUUUGACGAGAAAGGAUAUCUGCUCCAGAUUUUUACUAAGCCUGUUCAGGACAGACCAACUGUCUUUCUUGAAGUCAUACAGCGUCACAACACCAGGUCUGGAUUUGGUGCUGGGAACUUCAAGUCUUUGUUUGAAGCUAUUGAAGCAGACCAAGAUGCUCGAGGAAACCUCACUGUCUUGACACCCAACGGAGAAUCAGAGUUCAUGUAACACUCAGCAGUGAAGGGCUAAUGAGUAAAGCCACCCUGAGCCACCUUGGUGGGAAGGGCGGGAUAUAAAUCGUAAAUAAACUAAAACUAAACUAAAUUAACAUUUUUAAAAUGUUGUAGGAAAGGGGGUAGGAGAAUUUAUCCCAACAGCACUUAAGAGCCUUCAGAAGAGAUUCCUCCCUCUGCGCCAUUUUCCAAAAUAAAUAAAUAAUAAUAAUCAGUACAGAGUUAGUUUGUGGCAUGUAUAGUUAGCUCUGGACCCAAAUCACCCCCCUUCUCCCUCUUCCCAGGACUGCAGAAACAUGGAUAGAGGAAGAGGAACUUUGCCUCCCAAAUUGCUUGAAUUUUAUUACGCUCUGGUUAUUUUUAAAAAUAGCUGGGGGGGAAAGCAUACCUCCCCUCCUCCUUCCCACUCAUCUGGAAGCAAACCUGUAUGAGAGCCAGGAGCUGACAACCUGUAGCGGGCACUUACCUACAAUGCGUCCGGAAGAUCAGGAGCCCUGCAGGUCCUCACCCGGAGAGACUGGCCCUGUCCUCAGACUGGUGAUCGCUAUGCAGUCCAUAAAGGGAAGCGAUUGAGAGUAAACAUGACUGUCUUACAGAGUUAUGGAGCUCAGAAUGAUUUCUUCCUUUCUUUGUUUAAAUAACAAGGAUUCAAAGCACAGACGCUGCAGCUUGUUGCAUGUGUUGAUUUGUCAGGGGGCUGAAAACAAUAAACUUAUCAGUUCCCUUCCUGAGGGUUCUGGAAGCUACAAGAGAA